UCACACAGGCCGUAAUAAACCACAGAAAUCUGGUUUGAUGAAUUAAUUCAUAUUUUAGCCAGACAUGUGCAAAGCACCAAGAACUUAUAUUCAAUUUCAUAUUCAAUUUCAAAUCGAUAGAAAUGUCUGUAAGGGUUAAUUCAACACACACAUGCAUACACACGCAGAUUUUGUUAGUUUUGUGGGGCCAAACCUUUAUACCCAACUGUGCUGCUAAUGCUCCUUUUAUUUAUGAAGGCACCUGAUCUGACUGGUGAUCUGACGGAGCAUCAGAUCAUGUCCUUAUUGAAGCACCAUCUGCACACACAUCCAUAAAAUAUGAGUCCAUUUUAAAGCCACUAACACUGUGAUGUCUGUAGGACAACACACUCAAGUCCUGUGAGGAACCUGUUCUUUAUUUCCACAUUCCAGUUCCAUUACAGUUCAAAGGGAAAUAUCCACUUUAGGCCGUUACAUUAAUUUCACAGCUAUAAUUAAAGUUACUGUUCAGAUGUAAUGCAAUGCUACUAAACCAGUAGCUGCCACCCUUUUUGACCUCUUUCAAAAACGCAGCACCUGCUGGGGCCCCGUGUCGAGACCUUUCCUCUCUGACCUCCUCACAUGGUUUUAUUUGAAUAAAAAAGAGCAAAGUCCAAAAAGGUUAAAUUAUAGAAUUUCACACAGAAAAAAAUCAAUAUUCUAACAAAUGAAAACAGAUGUGUGUGUCAGGACCCUCUCACCAUCCCUCAGAUUUAAAAACUGGCUCCACCUCAGUAUCAAUACUAGUACUAGUAUGCAGAGCUGCAGUAUUUUUACAUUAUGGUAUUAGUGCUUUUACUUAAGUAAAGGAUGUGAACACGUCCUCCUUCACUGCUGAGCUGAAUAAAGUCAAAUUAAACACCAGUUUUCCAGUGACAGCCCAGUCCAGCCUGCUGCUGCUGCUGCUGCUGCUCUUUGUACCCAGUUUACGCAAUUACUCAUCCCGCUGUUUUAGUCCAGUUAUUUCAUUUCAAAAUGUUCAUGACUUCACCAUUUUCCAACAUGCAGUAACAUAUUAUCCUGUGCUGGAUGAAUGAUCCGAGCAGCAAACAUUUCCGAGAAGAGCAUGAUGAAUGAUGCAUUUCAGCACCACCGGCCACCGACAGCUCCGCAAUUUACAGUAGAGAGACGCAGCCGGCUGUGAUUGGCUGUGAGCAGGAGGAGCACGAGGUCACCUGGUGGAAAUAUAAAACAGGUGUGAAUGGAGGAUGACCAUUAACACAGAGACAGAGGAGCUGUAUGAUGUGUUCAGAGAUGAGACUCGUGGCUCUGGUUGUGGUGUGCGGGCUGAUCGUCGGUCAGGAUGGAGGAGCUGUGCCGGGAUACGACUCUGCGCAGAGGACACGAGCAACAGGGUCGGUGGUCUCUGCGCUCAGGAGGAGGACCGCAGACUUCCUGCAGGAGGAUCCCAACCUGUGUUUCUCCCUGAGGGAGAAUGAAGACCAGCGGCAGCUGCUGUGUAACGACAGGAGGAGUAAAUUCAACUUCAACCCGUUUGGCCUCCGCUUCGGGAAACGUUACAUUUACAGAAGAGCCGUUAAAAGAGCCAGGACAAAUAAGUUCUCACCUUUUUCUCUUUUCCCGCGAGAACUGGAGGUGCCUACCUGAAAAAGAGGAGUCUCUGUGUGUGUGUUUAUUAAGACUUCAGAUAACAUGAUGUUUCCCUGAAUAAAACUUUUGUACCUGUGAAAUCACUCUGAACUCAACAACAGUGGAGAGG